AUGCUUUUCCAGUUCUGGCGAGCGUUCAGCACGAGCGUGCGAGCGCUAAAAAAGUCGCCGUCGUCGAAACGAUGGCUCAACCGGCAGAACAAUGAUGCGUUUACGCGCUUGGCCAAGACAGACAGUUUUAGGUCCCGAGCUGCCUACAAGCUUUUGGAGCUGCAUAAACGCUUCAAUUUGUUUCGCCCCGGUAUGACCGUCGUCGACCUCGGAUACGCUCCAGGCAGUUGGAGUCAAGUCGCAGUAAAGCACGUCCGGCCUAAAGGACGUGUCUUUGGUGUCGACAUGCUCUUCGUGACGCCGCCCGACGGUGUAACCGCAAUCCAAGGCAACUUUCUCAAUCCAGCCGUGCAGGCUCGCUUAAAACAGAUGCUUGCCGAUCCAACUCAUGGACAACCAGUUCCAUUCCACCAUAAUGUUGCAUUUGUGUCGCAGGACGAGGCAGAUGCAGUGCGCAAGAUCAGAGAGAAAGAGCAAUUGGAGGCCCACUUGUACGCCCUGGAGCGAAUCCAAGAACACGGAGAAGCAGACCCGGAAACACCGGUAGAUUUAGUGCUAAGUGACAUGCUAGCCAAUACUUCUGGACUAAUAGCGCGUGACCACAGCGCGAGCGUUGAUUUAUGCGACGCCGCGCUAUUAUUUUGCAUCGAGUGUUUACGCCCUGGUGGCAGCUUUGUAUGCAAGUUCUAUACUGGGGAUGAAGAUCAGGCUUUACAGAAACGUCUCCAGGCAGUUUUCAAAACAGUGCGGCGAGCUAAGCCUACCGCGUGCCGUCCUGAGUCGCGAGAAGCAUAUUUCGUUGCCUUGAACAAACGCAAGAAUGUUGUAAAGUCUGAUGUUUUUCCCGAUCUACAGUAA